GUCACCACUUGCUCCCCCUCCCGUCCCGGUUCCCUCCACCUGCGCCUUACACAGCCCACUCGGCCCACCACAGCACCAAAGACAGACGCUCACGAUGAGCACCAUCGAAGUUGCGGGGAGCUCGACCAAUGCACGUGCAAACGACCAGGGACUUUUCCAGUGCGGAUCCUGCAAACGACACUACAACCGCUUGGAUCAUCUUGCCCGUCACGUUCGCUCUCAUACCAACUUUAAACCGCACCGCUGUUCCAUUUGCGGCAAAUCAUUCUCACGGACAGAUCUUCUCAAACGACAUGUUGCUGCGCACGAUGUACGGAGCGCAAAAGUCAACAACCUGAGCCGCGGUGCCGCCGACGAUGUCCCCGGCCGCGUGUCGCAAGCCUGCCGUGCCUGUGCCGCAAACCAUGUCCGAUGCACCGAGGCAAAACCGUGUAGACGGUGCGCCGAAAAGGGUCUCGAGUGUGUUUACAAGAGCGACGACCUGUUGACGCCGGCAUCCCCCCUGGGUUCACAGGCGAGUGAGCAAGAGCCGAGCCCGUCGCCGAUGCCAUCGAGUCUCGAGGCGCAGAUGACAGACGCAAUGCCGCUCAACGCCAACUACACCGAUGCUGGGGAUGUACCGCAACGGUUCCCCACGCAACCUCUUAUGGGGCCCUCUACGCCGCUGCAACGGGGUGUGCCCCCGCAGAAUUCCUACCAGGGAACCGGUCCUGGUCCUUCCAUGGGCCCGGUCGUUCAACAACCCUUCGUCGACGAUUUUAUGGAUCCCCACCCUGAGCUCCCAACAGGCUGUUGCACCCCUACCUUUGCGGAGUGGAACUUUCUCCCAGGGCUGUGGUCCGCAGGCAAUCUUGGCAUGGGGGUUGAGCAACCGUUCCCGGGUAUCGAUUUGGAUGACUUAGACCUCCGCUUCCUUGAUACCUACAACACCACCAUCCCGUUCGAGCUUGGUGGUCCUCCACUCCCCGAACCCUCGCACAUGGCUCCCUCGAUGGGCAUGUCGAGCGUGCCUCAUCCUGCAACCAGUGCUUCCGAAGCAUUCCGGAACCAUCACUGGCGGUUCCGACCAAAUCCCAAGGACCAUGGAGCGGCCGAGGAGCACAACCUCUCGCUGCCUUCGGAUGCCCGCGACCACCCGUCGCCAGAGUCGCAAAUCGCAUUUUCCCGGCGUGUUACUCCGGUCCGCCUUGGGUCCGCCGCGCGUGAUAACAUCUUGACCAUUGUUAUCAAGUCGAUACGUCCCGAGAACUUGCACAAGGCAGUGGCUUCGUUCCCAAGCGUCGAGUUGCUCGACACCCUGAUCCAGUUCUACCUGACUUCUCCCCAUGCGAGGGCGGAUUCCUUCAUCCAUGCAGCCAGCUUCAACCCCAAUGAGAAGAAGCCGGAGCUCCUCAUUGCCAUGGCGGCUGCCGGUGCCGUCCUGACUUCGGACUCGACUCUGACGAAGUUGGGUUACGCCAUGCAAGAAUGUCUCCGCACGGCGAUCCCCUUUCACUGGGAAGCCGACAACACAAUGGUGCGGAACCUAGAGCUAACCCAGGCCUUUCUAAUCAACUUGGAAAUCGCCUUGUGGAGCGGCCAUAGCCGCAAGGUAGAGAUCACCGAGAGUUUCCUCCAGUCGCCCCUGACCAUGGUCCGACGGGGCGGUCGGUUCAAAAAGUCCAGCUACCCACCCGUCAUCCUCGACACCAACGACCCCACCGCGUCAGAGGAGACAGCCUGGCGAACCUGGAUCCAUCAAGAAUCCUUCAAGCGCACCGCCUUCCGCUUCGUGCAGCAUGACCUCAACUCGUCCAUGUACCUCAUGGUGAACCCGCUCGUCUCCUACGCCGAGCUCUCCCUGCCCCUCCCCUGUGCGCCCUCACUCUGGGCAGCACCAUCCUCACACCAAUGGACCGCCCUCCUCACCCAACACCCGCCACUGGCACACCAACCGCCCUCCAUAGCCGACUACCUCGACGACCCGGGCGCCUUCAAAUCCCAAUCCCAGUUCCACCACGCCCACCCCAUCCUCGACCUGCCCAUCGCCAACGAAGCCUUCCUGGCCUGCGCCUGGUCCCUCGCAUGGGAAUGCAUCCAACUCACCUCCCUCCAACGCUCCAACAACAACAACACCGCCACCAACCCCACCAGCGCCUCAUCCCCCACCAAGCCCCGCCGCUGGAACACCUUCCUGCUAACCUCCCGCCGCGAGGAACUGCUCAAACUCCUCGAACACUUCCGCCUCAGCCUCGCCACCCCCGACACCCCCCCGCUCCCCCACCCACCCCCACCACCACACCAUGGGAUCCAAACCGCCGCGCGCGAAGUACGCAUGCGCCUAGAGCUCAUCCUGCUCCACCUGCACGCCCCCUUCGAAGACAUACAAAUCUUCGCCGGCAUCGAAGGGCCCGAGCAGGCGCGCGGCGCGUAUGCCGCCGUGCUGGAGUGGGCGGGCACGGAAGCGGCGCGGCGCGCGAUCUGUCAUGCGGGGCAGGUGUUGCGGUUUGCGAGGGGGGUUGGCAGGGGGAUGUUAUUGGGUCCGGCGGCUGUGGUGAUGUACCAGGCGAGUUUGGUGUUGUGGGUGUAUGCGCUGCUGGCGGGGGCGGCGGCGGGGAGGGGGCGGGGGAGGGGGAUGGUCCCGGUGCCGACGGGUGAGGAGGAGGGGGGGAGGGAGGUGGUUGCUGUGGUUGGGCCCGGGCCGGAUGCGGUGUGGUUGGAUGGGGAGGAUGAUUUGGCGCUGCAGAGGUUUACGCAUUUCGGGGUGGGUGCGCCGGGUCUGGCGGGGUUGGGGAUGGGGACGGCGGAUGGAAGUCACAGGGGGGGAGGGGAGGUGUCGCUGGGUGAGCCGGAGGGGGUGUUGGGGGUGGUGAUUGGGAUAUUGAGGGAUAAUUAUGAGGGCUUGCCUAGGCCGAAUUUGGUGGAGAGGUUGUUGCAGCUGAUGGAAGCGCUGCAGAGGUCGUCGGCGGGGAUGAUGGAGUUUCAUGGACAGUUGAACAGGCAAUAA